UGCUCUGCAGCGCCUGUCGCCUCGCUGCUGGCCAUGGCCGACCCGGCCGGGUAUGUGGACAGCCUGGCCAAGUCGCUGCACGUCUUCCGCCGCUUCCCGCUGCAGGAGGUGCAAGGCAUCCCGCUCAUGGAGCCCAUUGCCCAGCAGUGGGGGCCCAUCGAAAGCUUCCAGGCACGUCCUGACGACCUCCUCAUCGCCACCUAUCCCAAGGCGGGCACCACCUGGAUGCAGGAGAUCGUUGACCUCAUCCUGGCUAGGGGGGACGCGGCCAAAGCCCGUCGGGCACCCACCCACAUCCGCAUCCCCUUUCUUGAGAUCUGCUCCCCACUCCCCGUGCCCUCAGGGGUCACCCAGCUCCUGAAUGCCCCACCCCCCCGUGUCAUCAAGACCCAUCUCCCCUUCCAGCUGGUGCCCAAGACCUUCUGGGAGCAGGGCUGCAAGGUGAUUUACGUGGCCCGCAAUGCCAAGGACAACGUGGUCUCCUACUACUUCUUUGACCAGAUGAACAAGACGCAGCCAGAGCCAGGGCCCUGGCCCGAGUACCUGCAGAAAUUCAUGGAUGAGAAAUUGGCCUGGGGCUCCUGGUACGAUCAUGUCCGCCGAUACUGGGAGGAGCGGCACAAUCACUGCAUCCUCUAUGUCUUCUACGAGGACAUGAAGGAAGACCCAGAGCGGGAGAUCACCCGUGUGGCCUCCUUCCUGGAGCAGCCCCUGACGCCGGAGCAGGUGGCAGCUGUGGUGCAGCACAGCUCCUUCGAGGUCAUGCGGGACAACCCCAUGGCCAACUACAGCUCCAUCCCCACUGCCCUCCUUGACCAGAGCAUCAGCCCCUUCAUGCGCAGAGGGGAGGUUGGCGACUGGAAGAACCACUUCACCGUGGCCCAGAGCGAGGCCUUUGAUGCCCACUACCAGCACCGCAUGGGUGAUGCUGAGCCCCACUUCCGCACCUGCCUCUAGGGCCAGGGCAACGCCUGGGUCCGCCGUGGGGCGGGACUCCAUCUCCUCAUUCUAGGGGGCGGGGGGAGGGAGUGGCCCAUGUUGGGCAGGGCUGCCCCACCCCACUCAGCUGCACUGGGGCAAUAAAGAGGGUCAGACAGGCUGGA